AAUGGACCAGUAAUUCCUUUGGAACGUUCCACUCAUUCCCGCUCCUUCUUUUCUUCCACGUUGGCGGUUUUGUUAUUAAGUAGAGAGAUUACCAAAUCGAAGGUGUUCAAUCCAGCUGCAAACAACUUGUAUAAAAGCAGUUCCGGUGUUCCAGCGUCAACACACGAUAAAGGCCAAUGAUCCCUCGAUAUUGGAAAUCACAAGUUCCAGUUUAUGUGUGAAUAAAACACUGAUUGCAACUCCAUAUCAGGAGACAAGUCAACUUCUGCACCGAAAACUGAGGAAUCAUCUAAUUAAUCGAAAAGAACAAUCUGUGUCAUUAAGAGGCUUCAUCUAGAUGUUUCAGAGCCGAACUGCUGGAUGCGCAAGAUCUUACAAGACACCAGACCGGAGUAGUAACCGACAAGAUGAUGGUGACGUCCGAUGAAAAGAGGUGGUUGCAAAUGAAUGUUUAAUAACGUUCGUCGAUUUAUCCAACGGCUUCUCCUAUCUAGCGAUAACAAAGUUCCUACUUCAAUCAGGUAAAUUUUUAGGUUCAUUAUUAUCAAUACUCUUGGAAUUUCUUAGCUAACCGAUCCUGUGGUGAUAAUCAGUGUUCACAUGAGAACUGCGUAAGAUAUAUAUUUUUUUUUUAUAUAAUAAUUUUAAGGAUAUUUCAGGUAGUUAUUGUUUUUGGCUGUAAUAAUUCCCGAAAACAUUCUUUUUAUGGAAUAUAACUCAUUCAUGCCGAUAGUUGUUUGUUUACCGUUAAGUUGUGCAAGCUAAUUACAAAUGUUAUUUCAUUUCUACCUUUCUGGGACUAUGUGAACGAAAAAUCCAAGUAUGAGUUUCCAGGAUCUUCCUCCGUGGCCUAUGCUGUUUCCUAGAUUGUCUAUAGAUCCGUAGACUGAGCACGUCAGUUUUGAGACGAUUCCGUUCGCUGUUGGUCCCAUUAGGUACCUGUUCCAACCAUGGCUAUUUCUUUGGCAGUUGCUGAUUUACCCGUAAACUUGAGAAGUAUACAACCAUAUCUGGAGAUUGCCGAUGAUUACGAAUCCAAUGAUCCGUGUAUCAGUUACUGGUGUCGAUUAUAUGCUCUCAAGCAAGGAUUUAUCCUGGAAAGAGUAGAAGAAGAUCUUUCAUUUUUGCUUGUUUUGAUGGAAGUUUUGGGAAAGAACAAACAAGAUUUGCAAUCUAAAAUAGAGAUAACUGACAUACCUGUUGCUCGAGCUCACCUUGAAGGUGCGACCCAGAAGCUGUUAAGCUGGGCAGAAAAUGUGCCGCCUUUGGAAUCAUUAACUAAGUCUGAAACAUUAACGUGUGUUGUUGCUAAGGUAUUUCAGUCUGCUGCAAUGCUGCUAGAUGUGCGCUUUAUGUUUGGAGAGCCAAAUGAAGGCGAAUUCGAGAAAAAGAACUUACUGCGAUACAGGUAUACCGAACUACAUGGAAAAAAUUCGCACAGGGAAUUCCAUUCGGGGUCGACUACAAAAAAAUCAAAUAUUUGGAAGUUAUCUGAGAACUUAGUUGAUAGAACUUCCAGAGAAAUCCCAAACGAUGAGCAGAAGAAGAAUACUGAAUCACCACUAACUACUGCGAUGGAUGACGACCAAAAUCAAGCACAAUCACAAAAAGUUACCAAACAGGACGAACGGAAAAAGAUUUACGGACGCCUUUUCCUUUUACAACUGCUGAAUCAUCCAGUAUCACAGAAAAAGCCGGAAGGCCUGCCCAGUCUGGAAAUUGUUCGAAAUAAGAUGGGACGCAAUCAAAUAAUCGCCGAUAAACUAUUGGGUGUACAUCAGCAGCAGUAUCAACAAAGUCCAAACGUUAAUCCCAAGACGAUCGACUUGAUCUACAGUGUUGUUCACAAAGAUCGUGAAGAGCAAAAGAUGGAGUUAAAAAACUCCCAAUUCCAGGAACCUUUCAUUCCCAUGGAUAGACGUUCUCGUGAUUCCAUUGACUAUCGCUGGACUUCCGUACAUAAUAGUGAUAGUAGAGGUGGCAAUGUUAAGUUAGACAUAACGCAACUUCGGAUACUUAAGGUACCAGCAAGAGAUGCUGAUCAAGCAGUUACUAGUUUAGACACUGGAGGUAAAGGCCUCAUUUCUUGGGGUCAAGUAACCUCAAGUGGUAUGGCUCAGUCGUUGAUCGGUGGCGUUGGUGGUGAAAAGCAGCACUCCGUAGUGCAACUCCAUCCAGUCAAGUUAACACUAAUUUUCAACACAGCCUGGAUAAGUACUUGAGAGACGCAACCCAAUUAAAAACUACAGACGACAUCUGUAGCUGGAUUCAG